UAAAAUGGAGGGAGUAAUAUUCUUGUAAAAAAAAAUGAUAAUAAUACAAAAAAGGGGAAAAUAUAAUGGAAGGGAAAAUGAUUUUUUUUAUGCACUUCCACUGCUCAACUCUCCCCCUCCCUCUCUCCGCCCUCUUGCUCCCCCUCUCUCUCCUCCUUCUCCAUUGAAGCGCACUCAACAUCGCACUUGACGUUCUCCACUAGAAACAAUGUUCAUCAAAGUACAACUGCCUUGGAAUGUGAUCAUCCCUUGUGAGCAUAUGGAUGUCAAAGGAUUGAUGCUGCAGAAGUCAGUCAUACUUAGGUUGAUGGAAGAUUUUGCAGCCAAGAAGGCAACAAAGGAGCUUGGCUAUCUGCUUGCAGUCACAACUCUGGACAACAUAGGAGAGGGAAGAGUCAGGCAGCAAUCUGGGGAUGUUCUGUUUCCUGUUACCUUCAGCUGUCUCACUUUCAAGAUUUUCCGUGGAGAAGUUUUGGAAGGAACUGUCCACAAGGUCUUGAGGCAUGGAGUGUUCUUGAGAUCUGGACCCAUUGAGACCAUAUUUCUCUCUGCUCAGAAGAUGCCUGGCUAUCAACAUGUUCCCGGUGAAAAUCCUAUGUUCAUAAGUGAGAAGCAGUCGAAGAUCGAGAAAGAUGUGGUGGUGCGCUUUUGUGUCAUCGGGACUAAGUGGGUGGAGACUGAGAGGGAAUUUCAGGCUGUGGUUGGAUUGGAGGGAGACUUUCUUGGACCUGUCUGAUCUUUUAACAUGUUGCAUGCUCUGCCUGAUCUGGUAAAUCCUAAAAUCUGGGUAAAUGUUUGCGAAAUUAUAUUCUAACUGUAGUAGGAUGUAUAUAUUUGGUGUUACACCAUCAACUGUUGCUGAAUGUGCUUGGUUCAAAGCAUUGAUUUCGGAAGUAUUAGAGUAAUGUGCUAUGGAUUGUUAUUAAACCUGCCUAUGAGCUGUAUGUAAGCAUUUUUAAAGAUAUGCUGGUAGCUUUACAACUUAAUUACAUAAUUCCCCUAAUCAUCUGCUA